AUGCAUUCAUAUAUUGGAACAUUGCUCAUAUUAUUGAUAACUGUUGGCGCAGUUUUGCCAGCUUUUCCGAUUUUGGGAAUUUUGGAAUCGCAAUUCCCAGAGAUUCCUGAUGUAUUUACGAUUGAUACGAUUGGAGCAUUUUUUGGAAAGGUUGGGAUUUUUGGGGGAAUUUGAGAUAAAUGAACUUUGAACAGAAAAUAAUUCUGGAAAAUCAAUUGAAUUUUCACUGAAAAGAACAUCUGGAAUUUAUGAAGCGUAUUCAAUUUUACAGCAAAAAAUGUUAUCGAAAGAAACUCUUUGAGAGUCGAUAUAAUUUUUAUUUGAAACCACACCUGACGAGAGAGUGUCCCAAAUUUUUUGUGCAGUGUGAAAAUUUUUUUCAAAACAAAUGUGCAGCGUGAAAUUUUCAAGUUUUUCGAAAAAAAAAAGUCCGCGGGCAGGAGGAUUCGAACCCUGGUCUCAUGCUCGCCAGUCUAAAAUGCUAACCUCUCUGCCACAUCUCUUUUUUCUCCCGAGGGGAAAAUGUUGGUGGAAAGGAAACUGUUUUCAAACGAAUGCGUUGCAACGUUGCUCAAAAUUUGAAGUUAGGAUAACUAAGCUUAGGCUUAACGGAUAGAGUUGAUUUUUUUCCAAUAGAUUGCUAAGGUCAUAUGCAGUGUGGAACACCAUGAGUGCAGUGUGGAAAUGCCCUAUUUCGCUGUUAUUUUGGAGUGUCCAUUUCAAUGGUAAAUAUGGACAUUACAAAGAAUCGAACGGCAUUUUUUUCCGAGCACAUAUCAAGGGUUGGUAUAUUCAGAAAGUUGGUGUAUUUUUAAGCGUAGUUUUCGAAUUUACCCAUGUGCAGUGUGGAAUUUGAAGUUUUUCCAUAGAAAGUCAAUUUUUUUGAAAUUUCAGUGACACUAUGGUUUGCUAAGCAGUCACGUAAAUUCCACACUGCACAUUGUGUUACUACACUAAAACGAAGUCUGCUGAGUUGAUUUUCACCGAGAAACUUCGAAAAAUUAGCAAGCUGAAGUUGUUUUUGAAGUUGAGCAAAAAUAAAAAAAAAGUUUAGUUCGAAUGAAAAUUCGAACCUUCUGAACACUAGCAAAAUGGCCUACCACUGAACUAAAUGUGCAUUCAUUUCCCCAAGUUAAAUGUUGAUGAAAAGGAAACAAAGUUUUUUUUUUCGAAAAAAAUGCAGUGUGACUUUUGAAAAAAAUGUACAGUGUCCAUUUUGGACACGUCUCGUCAGGUGUGUUUGAAACAGUAAAUGUUUGGGAAAAACUAUUUGAAUCAAACUGACAUCCGCAAUUUUUAGUUGAAAAUGAUAUUAUAUUGAAACAGCACAUUUUUUUCACAGAAAUUGUUAUUGAAAAAUAUUUCCAGCAUCGAUUUUUCGAAAAGAAAUUCUUAUUUUUCUGAAAUUUUUAUUUGAAAUAUCUGAAAAAAGUUUUUAAAAAUCUAUAUUUUUAAAGUUGUUAUAAAACAGUGAAUUUUUGCAGGCCAUCUCACUUUUCGCUCUCGGCAUCAUCUCAAUGUGUUUAUAUGCGGAUUUAGUUUGCCCGUGGUUUAUGCGAGGAUGUGUUGAGAUUUUCAAACGAAUCAAAUAA